AUGGACCACCAUACGCCGUCUCCUCAAGAGCAACAGCUCUUAUGGCUGCUGAGAGACCUCCCUUCAAAUUUCAACUAUCAGUACAACGAGAAUGCGCAGCGCGAGCUCCUCAACAGCCUCUUCUAUUCUCUGGCGGGUGGCGAUCGCUACAUGCCUCUCUUCUUCCCGUCCGGCCGGCCAUCCCAUAACUAUAAGCUCCACGAUGCCCAGGGCGCAGUCGAAGGUGCCGAGUACACCGAAGCCGCUCGGGGCAAGCGAUGCGGCCAUAUCUUCAAGCCCGGAGAGGCAAGCUACUCCUGCCGCACCUGCAGCACAGAUGACACCUGCGUUUUGUGCAGUCGCUGCUUCGAUUCGACCGAUCAUGCCGGCCACAUGGUCCGCAUAAGCAUAUCUGUCGGGAAUAGCGGCUGCUGCGAUUGUGGCGACGACGAGGCUUGGAAGGUGCCCUUGUUCUGCACGAUUCAUUCCGAGAUGGAAUCGGACAAGACGGAAGGCAAGGGAAAGCAAACGGCCGGUCUGCCUGAAGAUUUGGUUCAAUCCAUGCAGAUGACAAUCGGCCGCGUGUUUGACUUCAUUUGCGACGUCAUAUCGUGCUCUCCGGAGCAGCUCCGCCAGGCCAAGACACUGGAAUCUAUUCAUGCCGAUGAGGAGCUGUCGCGUCUAUCUCCAGAGACGUACGGCGAGGGUCGGACGGGCGACUCCGAGUACGCUCUGGUGCUCUGGAACGACGAGAAGCAUACGGUGGAGGAUGUCCAGAACCAGAUAGCACGAGCCUGCAGAACGACAGAGGCUCAGGCAUUGGAGCGCGCCACGGAAACAGAUCUUAUUGGGCGUAGUAUUCUCAAGCAGCUCGGCGAUCUCGACACCCUUCUGGAAAUGGCCACGAAGCUGGAGCACAUCAAGGUCACUGUUACCAUUCGGUCAUCACGCGACACAUUCCGCGAACAGAUGUGCGGGACCAUGAUUGAGUGGCUCUGCGACAUUUCGGGGUGCAGCGUCGGAACAGAUCACGCCAUUCUGCGCCAGACUGUCUGCCAAGAGAUGAUGAAGCCUUGGAGGAAGGGAAGUCCUGGCACCCACGCUGUGGUAGGCAAGGAUGGUAUUUAUGAUGAGGAGAGAUUUCUAAGCAACUUGGAGCAGUCUCAGACGUUUACUCAACACGUACUUCUGCAAAUGCAGCGCAUAGCAGCUCAACAGGCAGCUCGAGCGUUCGACGUCAGUGACGAUGAGGACAUCGACAUGGGCAGAGGCAACGGCACACCGGACAGUGAUGGCGAUGACGAUGAGGACGACGACCUGGAUGACGACGACAUCAUGAUGGUCGACGUCCGACCCGAGGGUCCUGGGGAUAUCGGCCUCGAGUGGCGUGGAAACGAUCAAGCUCUGGAAGAGGACGAAGCGACAAUGGCCGGCUACCCGCCACCUCCGCCUCCUCCAGCGGCAGCUCGGCGGUCUGCACGAGACCGUGAUCUGACACCGUCAGACUCGGACACCGCCGAGCCUCUGAUAGCUCCCGCUAUCUACGCAAAGGCCAACCUGGAAAUCCCCAAAACCCCUGGUCAAGGGGAGAAGACACCAUCGCCCAAGCCGGGCAGAUACUGGCUCGAGACUCCUCCUGGGUACAUGAACCGGGAGAAUGUACCGCCAGCGGAGGACGUUUUCCAAAGAGUCCGUCUCGAUUGGCUCAUUCUCUUCGACCUUCGCAUGUGGAAAAAAGUCAGAAACGACCUGAGAUCGCUCUACAUUUCAACCGUCGUUUCAAUACCGGAGUUCAAGCGCAUCCUUGGUCUUCGAUUCGCCGGCCUCUACACCACGCUGGCCCAGUUGUAUUUGAUUGGUGACCGAGAACCAGAUCACUCCAUCAUCAAUUUGUCGCUACAGAUGCUCACCACACCAUCAAUCACUGCGGAGAUUGUGGAACGCGGCAAUUUCAUGACGAGCUUGCUCGCCAUCUUCUACACGUUCCUCACUACUAGGCAAGUCGGGUAUCCCUGGGAUGUGUCAUCCAAUGCCGUUCUUGCUUUCGACUCCGGAUCGGUGACGAACCGACGCAUGUACCACUUUUAUUUGGAUUUGAAGUACUUGUUCGGCUCGCCCCAUGUCCAGGAGAAGCUGCGCAGUGAGGAGCGCUACCUGCUGCAGUUUCUCGAUCUCGUCAAACUGCACCAGGGCAUCGGACCGAAUGUCCGCGCUGUUGGGGAGCACGUCGAGUACGAGACAGACAGCUGGAUCACUGCUUCGCUUGUAACAAGAGAGAUCAAUAGGUUGGCUCGACAACUCGCAGAUGCGUUCAGAAAUGUCUCCGAAACCGAUGCGCAAUUUGUUGCGCAAGCGAUCAGGAUGACGGCCAAGACCGUGAUACUGCAUUCCCUCGGCGCUGAACGCCACAGAUUCAAGCAGGCGGAAAUCAAGGAAGAGGUGAAGUUCAAGACGUUGGGCGACUUUGAGUUUGACACUGAAUCCGCCCGUUACGACGUUGUUAAGUUCACUGUUGAGGAGGACCCCAUCAGCUUCCAUCACGCCCUUCACUACACGCUCUCGUGGCUUAUCGAAUGCGGAAAGUCGUUGCCCGCAUCUAGCAUGAGAGCUCUUCUGAGCUUUACAAACCAGGACCUGAGAAUCCCUCCGCGCACCAUGGGUCGCAAGAUCAUGCCGAGACGAGAAAACUCUACGCCGGAAGACAACCUCAUGGCUACCUUUGAUUAUCCUCUUCGUGUCUGCGCCUGGCUUGCUCAGAUCAAGGCGAACAUGUGGGUUCGCAACGGUAUCAGCCUUCGACACCAAGCGGCAACGUACCGCGGAGUCAGCCAGAGGGACGUCUCUCACCACCGGGAUAUCUUCCUGCUACAAACCGCCAUGGUUGUGGCGGACCCUAGUCGCGUUCUCGCAUCCAUCAUUGACCGCUUCGGCAUGGAGAAAUGGGUGAAGGGCUUCUUCGAGCAGAAAUCGGCAGCCCAGGACGACGCGCAGCAUCUUGAUGUGGUUGAGGACAUGAUUCACCUUCUAAUUGUGCUUCUGAGCGAUCGCACUUCACUAAUUGCUACUGAGGAUGAGCCGAACUCCAAUAUCCUUGCCAUUCGUCGGGAUCUCACUCACAUUUUGUGCUUCAAACCCUUGUCUUUCAACGAGAUUAGCAACAAGUUGCCGGAGAAGUGGCAGGAACAAGAAGACUUCCACAGUGUUCUGGACGAGAUGGCGUCAUUCAAGCCUCCUGAGGGCGUCUCAGACGUCGGUACUUUCGAACUCAAGCCUGAGUUUGUCGAGCAUAUCGACCCCUACAUCGCGCACUACAACAAGAACCAGCGGGAGGAGUCCGAGCUAGCCUACCGCAAGAAGAUGGCGAUCAAGACUGGUAAGCCUUUGGAGGAAAUCGUCUACGAACCCAAACUUCGACCCAUUCCGUCUGGAUUAUUCAAGGACUUGGGAGCAUUCACCAGCACAGGCAUGUUCGCUCAGAUCGUCUACUACUCCUUGCUUUACCCACUCGUUGCUGGAAGACUCACGCCCAGUGUUCCCUCCACACGGAUUGAGACCUUCCUCCAGGUCGUUCUCCACCUCAUUCUCAUCGCCAUUUCGGAAGAUAAAGAGGAUGAGAGUGACAUGACGGAGGAAUCGUUGAAAUCGUUCGUGUUCAUUGCGUUGACGCGUACCGCACGAAGCAACUUCAUGCAAGAGGCCCCCAAUGCAAAGACGAUCGUGUCAUUGCUCGACAUGAUGUCGACGAAGGAAGAAUUCAAGGCGUGCCACCCCAAGAUUGGUCUCAUCCUCAAGAGGAUGAGGCAGAAGCGUCCUCGCAACUUUGAGAGUGCCUACAUGCGCCUGGGUGUUUCGGUUGACCGUAUCGACACCGCGUCGCCUGCAACAAAUUCUGCCGAGGAGGAGCGGGAGCGCAAGAAGAAGGCCGCUCUCAGUCGCCAGGCCAAGGUCAUGGCUCAGUUUCAACAGCAGCAGAAGAGUUUCCUGGAAAACCAAGGAAACAUUGAUUGGGGCUCCGAUCUCGAGGACGAUGAAGAGGUUGAGCAAAAUGCCGACCGCAAGAACAACUGGAAGUAUCCUACUGGCACUUGCAUUCUGUGCCAGGAAGACACAGACGACCGCCGCCUGUACGGAACCUUUGCGCUCUUCAAUGAGAGUCUUAUUCUCAGACAAACGGACUUGCAGGAUCCCGACUUCGUCCGAGAAGCCUUCCACACACCCUCCAGCCUGGACAGGUCUGCGGAAGACAUCCGUCCAUUCGGUGUUGCCCAUGAGAAUCGGGAGGAAGUCGUCAAGGUCAACGCCAAGGGCGAGAAAUUCGCCGCGGAACGGCAGACAAUAGGCAAAGGAUUUCCUUCAAACUUGUCACGCCCAGGUCCCGUCUCUACAGGCUGCGGUCAUAUGAUGCACUUCAGCUGUUUUGAGAUGUACUUUGAUGCGACCAAUCGGCGACACCAUCACCAGAUUGCAAGACACCAUCCCGAGAACCUCAAGCGACAAGAAUUUGUCUGCCCGUUGUGCAAGGCCCUCGGUAACGCGUUUCUGCCGAUCAUAUGGAAGGGACAAGAGGAGUCAUUCCCGGGGGCCCUGCAAUCCCAGCGCGUCUUUGCAGACUUCGUCGAUACUCAGAUGAAGUCAGGAUAUUAUAUACUUGGCGCAAAUCGACCCCCAGACCAAGUCCAGAGUUCGUUUGCCAACUACACUGCCAGCCAUGUCACCAGCUCUCUGGCAGAGAAGGCUUCCCAGUUGAUCGACGAUGCAUGGUCAUCUGAUGACUCAGGCCUUGACUCUGUUGUUGUCAAUACGCCGCUGACAGCUGCCUUCCCAGCUGCCGCCACGGCCCUUGCCAACCGCAGGUCACAACCUACCAGCAGCAGCAGCUCAACGAUUGUAGGGGAACUAGUCAAGGUAUACCGCCGUCUUCGUGAUACGAUGGCCUCCAAUGGCUUCGAGAGCCGCCACAAGCAUCCCCUUGACCGGCGGGAGAAGAACGAGCUCGCUUCCAGCGAUGUCUUGGCCAAGCUGGUUGGUUUCUCCAUCUCGGCCGCAGAAAUACAGCAAAGAGGCGUCGAGGCACAAUACGGCUUGACGUUGCUAGAAAAGAUUCCAGAGCAGAGCCUUACGCACCUACGCAUCCUGUCGGAGACAGCUACCUCUUACAUCGCUACUGGUGGACUUAAGGCUGGCGGCGAUAACCUCAUCGACGAAGAGUUCCGCAAGGACAGCGAAAGGCAGCAUGUCCAACUCUUUGCCUCUCAGUACUUUGGACAGGAGACUGAGAAAGCCAGACGACCCAUCGACACCUACGGACCGCUGCUGGGACAAGACCCUUUUAUCUUCUUCUCUGAGUGCGUUUUCGGUUUGAUUCCUGCACAAGACUUCGAUGUCACCCACGUCUUGAGACUCUGCUAUCUUGCAGAGAUCGUCAAGGUAGUCUUCCAUAUGGCACGCAACAUACCCGUGUCCACGUGGGUGGGCCAUCUCCUCAACAAAGACAAGCAUGACGACCCAGCACUGAGGAACUUUGGUGCCUUCUGUCUGGCCAUCACCCAGGUUGGCAUGGAAAUCAACGUUGCUCACCAUGAGAUACCAAAAGACUUGGGCCAGAACCGAGGGUUCAGCCAGCCCGAACUGGACAACUUGGAGGGCUACUACACGUUUGUCAAGAAGUAUGCCUUGACGUUCCUGAGGAAGGCCAUCAUCCUUCUCUACGUCAAGUACGGCAUCGACUUCAACAGCCACAACUCUCCCCAGCCCGAUGCGGACGAACUAGAGCGUCUCACCGAAGCUCUUCGACUUCCGUCCUUUGACGAAAUGUGCGCCUCCGUGACUGACCAUGGAUCAUCCUGCGGUUGGCCAGCUUCAACAAUGGGUCUUGUCAGCGGCUGGAUCCGACACCAAAUUAUGUGGCCGGGUGAUGUCGAAGGCAAACUCCCCACAACUGCGCUCAUCAGUCACCCAGGUAUUUUCGAGCUGGUGGGACUGCCAAAGAACUACGAUGCCCUCAUAGAGGAGGCCACCAAACGUAAAUGCCCCACGACCGGCAAGGACGUGUCCGACCCCAUGAUCUGCCUACUCUGCGGUGAAGUCUUUUGCGGCCAGGCAGUCUGCUGCCUCAAGGAGGAGACCGCGUCCGGAGAUCGCGAGCCACAGAGAAUCGGUGGCUCGCAGCAACACAUGCGAAAGUGCCAAAAGAACAUCGGCUUGUUCCUCAACAUCCGCAAGUGCUGCAUCUUCUACUUGUUCCGGCUGUCGGGAUCCUUCAGCAGCGCCCCCUACAUCGACAAGUACGGCGAAACGGACCUCGGCCUGCGCCACGGCCGCCAGCUCUACCUCAACCAGAAGCGCUACGACUCGAUGCUGAGAAACACCUUCCUCAGCCACGGCAUCCCUAGCUUCAUCAGCCGCAAGCUGGAGGCGGAGAUCAACAACGGAGGGUGGGAAACGAUUUGA